CCCCAGCGCAUUCGGUGAGUUCGGGAGCGGGAAGGCAGGGUGGUGUGUCCUCGCCUGUUCCGUCGGCGUCGGGGAGAGGAGCGGCGUCGCCUGUACCGUCUAAAAGCGGGAAUGGGGGUGGUGGGAUUGCGGCGGCGGCGGCGAGGGCGGAGGUUCCUGGAAGGUUCCAUGAGCAGUUUUAGAAAGCUCUGAUUGAACAUUUGAGCGGUGUUUCCCCCCUCACUUUUCAUUAUCGAUUCGUUGAACCACGACAUUGUCACCUACUUUACUCCCGUAUCAUCUUGUCUCUUUCGUUGUCAUGAUGCCUUUGACAUUAACCCCAUCUUCCCCACUUUCCCUUACUUUGAGCACGAGCGCUCCGUUUCCUCCUAUCAUGUACACUUUUCCCGCUUUAACACCGUUUGUGUUGCGUCAUUUUUUUUCCCUGCCUUCCCGUAUUCAAUUCACAUCAGCCGCCACACGCUCUCAAAACGUGAGCGCUGCUCUUACCUUGUAUUUUAGCCCCCCAUUUCUGUAUUCAUGGGCUCUACUUUGUACUUUAACUAUUGAAUAUUGA